AUGGCGUUGCGGGCAGCUCCAGCUUUGCGGCGGUUGACUUUAAGGACUGUGAGGCCUGGGGCUGUGCCAGUUUGGAGGCACUGGAGGCUUGCAACCAAAUGCCAGGACCUGAGUAGCACUAGUGGUGCUCAUCCGUGGGGUUUCCAUUCUUCGCGCUGCUUUGCGACCGAGAAGGACUCAGAGGAUUUGCGCAUUUCCGAACCUCACUUUCGGGAGUCCAAGAAGGAUCCUCCACUGGCCAAGCCACAUCAGGCCAAUGCUGAGUUAUCCGUGACCCUCAAUCACAUUUGGAGCGAGCAAGAGAUCCAAGAGCGCUUGGAGAAUCUGUACCAGCACCGACCAAAGACUUUGUCGGACAAAAUCAUGCACCGAAUUAUGUGGAGCCUCUACAGGAGCUUCAACUGGGUGACAGGAUUUAAGCCGGAGAACACUCCAGUCAAGGCAGUUGAGUGGCGCUUGAUUGUCCUCGAGAGCUUUGCGGGCGUCCCCGGCUUUAUGGCGGCGAUGUUUAGGCACUUCCGCUGCCUUCGCACUUUGAAGCGCGACCAUGGAUGGAUCCACACUUUGUUAGAGGAGGCUGAGAAUGAGCGGAUGCACUUGCUUGUUUGCAUGAAGAUGUUCAAGGCUGGCUUUGUUACACGUUGCUUGGUCAUGGCGGCACAAGUCUUCAUGACGCCAUUCCUGGCAGCGGUUUAUGUGGUGAAUCCAGGUGCUGUCCAUCGCUUUGUUGGCUACCUUGAAGAGACCGCUUGCCUGACCUAUGCCAACAUCAUCCACCAGGUUGAGACUCCAGGCACUCCACUCCAUGACGCUUGGUCACAACUUCGAGCUCCCGGCCUAGCCAUUGCCUACUGGAAGCUCUCAGAGGAGGCCAUGUGGAUCGAUGCUCUCAAGUGCAUGUUCGCCGAUGAGAGCAACCAUCGUGACGUGAACCACACCUUUGCCACCAUGAACACUGAUGAUCCCAACCCCUUCGUGAGCAAGCACCGUGCGGACGCGGAUAUGGCCUGGCACUACGAUCAUGAUGGCAUUUGUGCAGAUGUAGGAGUGGGCACGGAGAGGGGAGACAUGGGGCAGGUCAGUUGGGAGAAGAGCCGGGCCUUUUGGCGCUACCCCUUGAGGUAUGUCCAGGAUGUCAACAGCAAGCCGCGGGAAGGGAUCAAGCAGGUGGCCUGGUUGACCUGCAAUGACAAUCCUCUUGCGACAGCUGAGGCCGUCACAUGCGACGUCGCCUUUCUGGGCGACACUCGGGUGCCUGACUCAGAGGGCUUUUGUUGCGGAUGCGAUAUUGAGAAGGUGGUGGGUGGCCAAGCAAGUCGUGGCAGCUCCACUUGCGACCUCUUCAGCAUGAGUGACACCGCCCAUUGCCUGAACUUUGAUGACCUGUGGUACUCGGUCUUCGAAGUCGCCGAGCCUCAGAUCUUCUACGACAUCACCGUGCGUUUGAAGAUUCCGACGACCUACGUGAUGGGCUGGAGGAAUGUCACCUACUCCGAGACGACCAUGGUCUUGAGUCAUCAGCAGCCUACAGCCUCUGCACCCGGAGGAACGUUGCGCGCAGAGCUGGUGGGUGACCUCGCUACUGCUGUGGCACCACAGCGCUUUGAAUCCAAGUAUUUGGUGGUUCCUGCCCGUCCAAUAGGACACGAGCUGGUCGAUGUCCAGGAGCCGUUGAAGAAUGCGAUGCUCCUCGAUAGGUCUUUGUUCGACCUCUCUGGAAGGACUUGCGACAAGAUAGGUGUGUCAUACAAUGCUUUCAGAUAUCAAGCAGAUGGCUGCAGCCGAACUGCUGGCAGCUGCCUCUUCGAGCAGCUAGCUGACUUCCACGCAGAGGAUGCAGCACGGCCUGGCCAGCCGCGGUACAUGGCGUCGGGCUAUUGUGAUGGAGGGAUGGAGAUGGUCAACGUGGACGAAGGAACCUCAGGCAUGAACAUCGUCUUGGCCUGCCCGUUGGCACAGCGGCACACCACUCUGCUGCGUUUGGAAGCCCGUGCAGAGUCUGCAAUGUUCGUGACCAACGUGGCGACCGGGCGGAUCAUCAAAGCCGAGGUGGUGCACAGUGGGAACAAGCGUUCAGUGCGUGGUGGAUCCGCAGCAAUCACUGUGCCACAUCCCAUCAGUCGGGAGAGGGACUUUGUUCGCCCGUCUGCGCGAGGUGAAGGUCCUUGCGAAGCCAGCAUUCGGCGUGGUCCAAGUAGCUUCAGCAUCUCCAGCCUCAAUGACACCGAGAAGUCUGAGAAGGACCGAUGGGCCAUACAGCAGAAGCUGAUCUUGCGCAAACUGGAUGUUCAAGAUCAGAAGCUGGCACAGAUUCUGGACAUGAUGAAGAGGAUGGCACCGCCAGAGCUCAAGCCCUUGAAGUCUCCAGACCGGUCCGUGCCGGCCUCACCUCCUCAAGUGCGGCCACGCAUCAGCAGUGGGGGGAACUCCCAGGGCUCCGCGAUGACGCCCAUUCGGCCCAGGACUCCGCGGCUCUUUACGACCAGCAAGCAAGAAGAAGAUAUGCACCGCUUCAAGGCUGCCAGCAAGGAUGGCGCCAAUGCACGGCGCAGGUUUGCAGAUCUCCACAUCGACGCCCAAUCUGAAUCACAGAAAUCCUGGAGUCUCCGUGUCGUCACACACCCCGGCUUCGACAUCUUCUUCGCCUUAGUGGUCUUAACGAACUCUGCCUACAUCGGCGUGGAAGUUCAGUACUCCAUGAGCCAGCCUUCGGAGGCUGAACUACUACCAUUUCACAUCAUUGGCACCUUCUACACCAUUCUUUUUACAGCUGAGCUCAUCAUGCGCAUUUGGGCUUAUGGCGUGAAGAGCUUCUUUUGCGAUGAAGAUUGGGCCUGGAGCCUGUUGGACUUUUUCAUCGUGGCCACAUCCCUUUUUGAGCUUGUAUCGUUUAUCUUGCAAGUGGUGUCAAACAUAUCUGGUUCGACCAACAUGAGUGGCAUCUCUAGCCUGAAGGCCUUCCGGAUCAUUCGACUCACACGCUUGCUGAAGACGGUGAGGCUCAUGCGUAUCUUUCGAUUUGUCCUGGCCUUGCGCAUGCUGGUCACCUCUAUAUUCCACACGCUGAAAUCCUUGUUUUGGGCACUGGUGCUGCUUCUCCUAAUUGUCUACGUUUUUGCGGUACUCUUCGUCCAAGCGGUGCAAGACUAUUUGGAAGAAAGCAGGGACCUGCUCGAUGACCUGGAACUUCGAGCAUGCGAGCUCUACUUCCAAUCCUUGGGGCAUACCAUGAUCACACUGUUCAUGAGCAUCUCUGGCGGUGUGAGCUGGGAAAAUGCGCUUCUUCCGCUCAUGAAGAUGUCACCUUUGUGGGUAGGAUGUUUCAUUUUCUUUGUGGCUUUCACGUAUUUCGCCGUUUUAAAUGUCAUAACUGCAGUUUUCUGUGAGUCAGCCAUUGAGAGUGCUCAAAGCGAUCAGUUCACAGUUGUUCAGUCGAUUUUGGCCGACAAAGAGAACCAUCUGCAGAAGGUGCGGAAUUUGUUUGCGCGGUUGGGGGCAAACGCAGACAGUGGUUCAAUCACAUUUUCUAUGCUGGAAUCACAGAUCAACUCUCCGGCUGUACAUGAAUACUUUACGUCAUUAGGCCUCGACAUUUGGGAUGCUUGGACAUUUUUUAGGCUCUUGGAUGCAGAUGGUGGUGGGGAGGUAGAAGUCGAAGAAUUUCUGAUGGGUUGCCUGCGUUUGCGCGGACCAGCCACGGCUAUUGACAUGGGCAAGGUUCUUCGAGACCAGAACUGGGUCGUUCAAACACUAGGACGCUUCAGCGCCUACGUGGAAGGUGAACUCCAACAUGUCAAGCUGAUGCUAGAAGCUGAACGGUCCUCUCCAGAUCGCGGUACCAGGUAA